AUGUCUGAAGUCAAAACAGAAGUUUCCGGUCAACCAUGGCUAUCAAAACAGGAUGCUAGCAAGAUUAAUCCUGAAGAUCUAAAUCCACUUACAGAGGAGGUUAUCUCUCGUCAAGCUACUAUUAAUAUUGGUACCAUUGGCCACGUAGCUCAUGGAAAGUCUACUCUCGUCAAGGCUAUAUCUGGAAUUCAUACUGUCAAAUUCAAAAAUGAACUUGAACGUAACAUUACGAUUAAACUUGGUUAUGCUAAUGCAAAAAUUUAUAGAUGUUCUAAUGAAGCAUGUCCAAGACCGGGUUGUUAUCGAUCUGCUGGAUCCCAAACUCCAGAUCGUUUUAAAUGUGAAAGAGAAGGUUGUGGUGGAGAGUUUGUCUGUGUUCGUCAUGUUUCUUUUGUUGAUUGUCCUGGUCACGAUAUUCUUAUGGCAACAAUGUUAAACGGUGCAGCUGUUAUGGAUGCAGCAUUUUUGAUGGUAGCCGGUAAUGAACCAUGUCCACAACCCCAAACAUCAGAACAUUUAGCUGCUGUAGAAAUUAUGCAGUUAAAAAAUCUAUUAAUUUUACAAAAUAAAAUUGAUCUUAUUAAAGAUUCUCAAGCUCGUGAUCAACAUGAUCAAAUAAAAAGUUUUGUUCAAGGAACAGUUGCCCAUAAAGCUCCAGUCAUUCCAAUAUCUGCUCAAUUAAAAUAUAAUAUUGAUGUUGUUUGUGAAUAUUUAUGUAAAAAGGUUCCUGUUCCUGUUAGAGAUUUUACAUCACCGGCAAGACUUAUUGUUAUUAGAUCAUUUGAUGUUAAUAAACCUGGUAGUGAGGUAGAACAUCUUAAAGGAGGUGUUGCUGGAGGUUCUAUAUUAAAAGGAAUUCUUAAAGUAGGUCAAGAAAUUGAAGUACGUCCAGGAAUUAUUUCAAAAACAUCUGAUGGAAAAGUUCAAUGUAGACCUAUUUUUAGUAAAGUUGUUUCAUUGUAUGCAGAACAAAAUGAAUUGCAGUAUGCUGUUCCAGGUGGUCUUAUUGGUGUUGGUACACAAAUUGAUCCUACAUUAUGUAGAGGUGAUCGUUUAGUUGGGCAUAUCCUUGGUGCUGUAGGAACUUUACCAGAUAUUUAUACAGAAAUUGAAAUUUCAUAUUUUGUUCUUCGUAGGUUACUUGGUGUUCGUACUGAAGGAGGUAAAAAGGGUGCAAGAGUUGAAAAAUUAACAAAAGGAGAAGUUUUAAUGGUUAAUAUUGGUUCACUUUCUACAGGAUGUAGAGUAUUAGCUGUGAAGGGUGAUGCUGCAAAGAUUGCUUUAACUGAUCCUAUAUGUACGGAGGUAAAUGAAAAAAUUGCACUGAGUAGAAGAAUUGAAAAACAUUGGCGUCUUAUUGGUUGGGGAACCAUUCGACGUGGUACUGUUAUCCCACCUAUUGUUGAUUAA